AUGGCUGCAACGAGAAUGCUUCAUCAGCAAAUCCCCCGCGGCCAAGAAGCGCGAGGAAGAAGCCGAGAAGCUGGCGGAGGCUGCCACGCGGAAAGUCCGAGGCCCGCCGAUUGGCGGAUCUGGAGGAGAAGGAUCUCCCUAUCCUCUCUCUUCUCUCUCUCGCUCUUCUUCCGCAUAAGAUCUCUCUCGCUCUCUCCGCCGUCGACCUCCCGCCUCACAUUGACUGAGAUCCAAGAUGUGGAAGGGGUAGAACUAUGUGGAACCCUGAAAAAUGUUGUGGCCAUAGCAGCAGGUUUUGUGGAUGGGUUGGAGAUGGGAAAUAACACAAAGGCUGCAAUUAUGAGAAUCGGUCUAAGAGAGAUGAAGGCAUUUUCCAAGAUGUUAUUUUCAUCAAUCGAAAUGGCAAGGGGAAGCUCAAAGAAAGGUGCUAUGUUGCCUCCUAGGCCGCCUAUGCGUUGAGCUUGAGCUUGAAGACUUGGAAGAUUUUAUUUGUGCAAGACAUGAAGUGAUGAAACCUUGAAGGUUUAUUUGACUUGUGUGAUGUUUAAAUUUGGACUUUUUGAAGACUU